UGGCAUUUCUCGGCGUUUCUCGGCGGUUCAGUCCAUGAGUUUCAGCAGACGCAGGUUCCUUUUGCCCUACCUUCCUUCACCAAUUCUAUCAUCUCCAUUUUCGAGCCUCGAUGGGCAAUCUGAUACGCCGAACAACGAAUAUCGGACAAGAAAUCAAUGUGUUAUUGACGAGCGCUCUGUUCUUGAUGAACUCGCUGAUCUGUUACCAGUUUUGCGCGGCACUCCAGCUUCAGACCUGCAUAAACGGGGAAAUUCGGAGAAACGAGUGGAGAUCACCAGAGCGGCGGAUGGAUUUUUAUUGCCGGAGGAGAAAUUGCGCGGUGUGUUUCUGCAGAAUUUGAGAGGUAAAACUGCAAUAGAGCAGGCUUUAACUGAUGUUGACGUCGAAUUGAAUGUUGAAGUUGUUGGUAAGGUAGUGAAUCGGGGGAAUUUAGAUGACAAGAAAAUGGUUAUGUUUUUCAAUUGGGCGAUUAGACAGCCCACGAUUUCGAAAGAUAUUGAUACUUAUCAUAUAAUCCUCAAAGCAUUAGGUAGAAGAAAGUUCCUUAAUUGUAUGGUAGAAGUUUUGCAUCAGUUGAGGAUUGAAGGAGUCAAUCCCAACCUAGAGACCCUAGAAAUUGUAAUGGAUAGUUUAGUUAGGGCUCGGCAAGUUUCCAAAGCAAUUCGAACGUUUCGGAACCUAGACGAACUCGGUUUGGAUUGCGAUACCGAGUCUUUGAAUGUGCUUCUCGAAUGUCUGUGUAGGCGAUCCCAUGUCGGGGCUGCGAAUUCCCUUCUUCAUUCAAUGAAGGGGAAGAUACCCUUCAAUGGUGCUACAUACAAUAUUGUUAUGAGUGGAUGGUGUAGAUUUGGUAGAGUUGGUGAAAUGGAGAGGAUCUUGGAAAUGAUGGUAGGAGAUGGGAUCGAUCCCGAUGGUUCAACUGUCAGUAACCUUAUCGAGGGUUUAGGAAGGGCCGGUCGGAUUGAUGAUGCUGUUAAAAUCUUUGAGGACAUGAAGGAGAAGAAUGGUUGGGUGCCAGACUCUAGUGUUUACAAUGCUAUGAUUUCUAAUUAUAUAGCUGUCGGAGAUUGUGAUGAAUGUGUGAAGUAUUACAACAGUAUGUUGAGUAGUGCUUGUGAGCCAAGCAUUGAUACUUACACCAAAUUGAUUGGUGCUUUUCUGAAAGUUCGGAGAGUGGCGGACGCACUUGAAUUGUUUGAUGAAAUGUUGGACAGAGGAGUUGUCCCCAGUACAGGGACUGUAACUUCCUUUAUUGAACCUUUGUGUAGCUAUGGUCCUCCUCAUGCAGCUAUGAUGGUGUACAAGAAAGCUAAAAAAGUUGGGUGUAGAAUCUCAUUGAGUGCUUAUAAACUAUUGCUUAUACGGCUUUCUCGAUUUGGUAAAUGUGGGAUGUUAUUGAACAUUUGGAACGAGAUGCAGGAAUGCAGUUAUUCUUCGGAUGUGGAAGUUUAUGAGUAUGUUAUUAAUGGACUUUGCAACAUAGGGCAGCUUGAAAAUGCCGUGCUUGUGAUGGAGGAGUGUUUGCGAAAAGGAUUCUGUCCAAGCAGGCUGAUUUGCAGCAAGCUAAAUAACAAAUUGCUUGCUUUGAAUAAAGUAGAAAUAGCUUACAAGCUAUUUUUGAAGCUUAAGGAUGCCCGUCUUGAGGAUAAUGCAAGGAGAUAUUGGCGUGCUAAGGGGUGGCAUUUUUGAAGUCGUAACAAUGGGGAGCAAGAACAAAAUGUCUUGCCUUCUCGCAACAUGAUUUGUACUCGGAGGUGAUAUUUUGUUUGCUAGUGAGUGCGUGAUGAACCUUCAUCUAGCCACAGUAGUUGUCUGGGUUCAUCUUUAGGCAAGGAAAAAUAC